AUGUCUCAUGAGAAGUCAGCCACGCAUGCAUCUCAUCAUGACGACCUCGUGGGCACCAAAGCACUUCCCGACAUUGCGCGAAGAGAAGGAGGCGUCCUGCUGGAUGUCACUGGUAUCGACGGCACGAGCCUGAAGCUCGCAAAAGAUGGCCAUACUGUACUCCUGCCACAACCUAGCGACGAUCCAGCAGAUCCGUUGCUCUGGUCAAGCUCGAAGAAGCACCUGCUACUGAUCACCCUCGCUUAUGGCGCCUUCGUCACAGACUUCAUCAGUGGACUUGGCUCAUCCCUGAUCCUUGCACAAGGUGAAAGCUGGCAUAUGAAUCCCAAUGCUGUGAAUCACGCCACCACAUUCAACAUCCUGUUUCUCCUUGUUUUGGGUGCCUCUUUCCACUUGGUGGGGACGAGGACCUACUAUCUUCUGGACUGCUUGAUUGCUGUCUUCCUCAACUUGGGAGUUGCACUGUCAAGAGACUUCACAACGUUCUACGCCUUUCGAGCGGUGUCUGGGCUGAUCUCGAAUGCGGCGCCGACAAUCUCAAUCGCCUUCAUCAGAGACAUCUUCUUCUUCCACCAGCGUGCUCGAAAGAUUGGUAUAUGGACUUCCUUGUUCAUUGCGUCACCAUAUGUCGGCCCUAUAGUCGCAAACUAUAUGUUGGCCACAACAGGAAGCUGGAUCUUGCCUCUAUGGGUCGGAUUUGCUGCCCAUGGACUCUACUUUGUGUUCCUUUUGUGCUUCCUUGACGAGUGCUGGUAUAAUAGAGAGGUUCCUGAAGCUCUGCAGCCAAACCGGCCGAACACGCUCGCAGGCAGGCUGAGUCGCGUGACUGGCAUCUGGCAGGUUAAGAACCACCGAGACUACUUCCUUACCCUGCGGCAUUCCGUCACGAGAUUUGUACGGGCUCUUCUGAAGCCAGUACUGAUCCUCAUCUUCUUCAACUACUUGAUCUGCUUCGCCUGGGCAAUCGGCAUCAAUAUUACGACAGCGAUCCUCUUUGGCACGCCCGCGGAAUUUGGCGGUUAUGGGUAUACGUACAAGCAACUUGGUGCGCUUUACUUCACUCCCGUCGUCGGCGUCUUGAUCGGAGAGGUCAUCGGUCACUUCGGCAACGACUGGCUGGCUAAGAUGUACGUCCGUCGGCACAAGGGCGUCUUCGAGCCUGAAGUGCGGCUCGUGGUCGCCGAGAUCGCUGCGAUCUUGAUGAUCAUCGGCCUAGUCGUCCUUGGCCAGGCAUUGCGGAGUCACCUGGCCGUGGGCGUGGUGGUGUUUGGUUGGGGCAUCCAUUCUGUUGGGCUUGUGAUGCUGUCGGUCACGACAUUCGCAUAUGCUGUCGAUGCAUACCCAACAGUUCCAGCUGAGAGCGCUGGCUGGGUCAGUUUCCUUCGCGUUAUGGGUGGCUUCAGCGUCGGCUACUUCCAACAGCCAUGGGCUGUCGCAGUAGGAUACAACAACAGCUUUGGCGCACAGGCAGGUACAGUAGCGUUCGGGCUGAUCUUUGUGGUGCUCGUCCACGUUUUUGGACAUCGUUGGCGGGUGAGGUCAGGGGAGCUUAAGUAA